AUGGCAGCCGGGCCUCAACGUACACCGUGUACAGACUCCCCUUGCGAUGUACAUGAUACAAGUGCGGAGGAGAUUUCACUUCAUCCUUCAAACGGUGAUGGUUUCCAUUCUUUGGAAAAGGAAAAGCAGACCACGGAGCCACUCGUGAAUGAGCAUGAUCUCAACAAUGAUGAUCCAUCGCUCUCACAUUGGUCAAUUGAUCCCCAAAAUCCUAUAAACUGGUCUUCGAUGCGCAAAUGGACGACGAUAAUUCUUCUCGUAGUCACAAACUUUAUAGCGUCAACAUGUACCUCAGCGUUCGAGCCGGCGCUCCCCUCUAUAAUGGCUGGUUUUCACUCUACCAACGGUUCAAUCGCCUCUCUCACCAUAUCUAUCUACACCAUAGGCUACUGUCUCGGACCUCUUCUCGUCGCCCCUAUAAGUGAACUAUACGGACAUGUGACUGUACUAUAUCCUGGAUACAUCGGCUUUAUGCUAGCUCUAGCUGUCUGUGGUUCGAGCAGAAGUCUUCCUUUAUUUGUAAUCUUCCGUGCUAUUAUGGGUCUUGCGGCUAUCACCUUCGUACUCAUGGGUCCUGCGAUCGUGGCAGAUCUUAUUCCCAGGGAACAAAGAGGAUUGGCAUUGAGUAUUAUGUCUACGGGGCCUGUUGUUGGUCCAACAAUUGGUCCUAUUAUCGGUGGUUAUAUUGUGGAAAACAUCAGUUGGAGAUGGAUUUUCUACUCAACGUUGAUCUCUUUUGCUGUUUUGUUCUCUCUCUCUCUGGUCAUUCUCAAAGAGACUUAUGAACCAGUAGUCUUGAAUCGAAAGCAAAAUAAGGAGGGGAAAGGCUUACCAAUAGGUCAAAAGAUCACAAACCCAAAAACUCCUCGAGAAGCUCUGCAAGCAGCUUGGACUCGUCCCUUCAAAAUGCUCUUCCUCUCACCUAUAGUUCCCUUUGUAGGCUUCUACAGCGCCCUAAGCAACGCCUACGGAAUGGUAUGUUUCGCGACCCUCGGCACGGUCUUUCAAGAUAACUACUCUUUUACACCCGGUCAAAGCGGUUUAGCAUAUCUCGGUCUCAUGUUCGGCUUCUUCUUCUGCCAACUAACCUUUGCCCGAUUUUCUGACCGUUAUAUGCUCAAGAUGGAAGCGAAAAAUAACGACAAGCGCCCAGAAUAUCGUCUGCCACCCAUGUUCAUCGGUGCAUUUCUCCUCCCCAUCGGGUUUCUCUGGUACGGAUGGUCUCUUGAAUAUCACACCCAUUGGAUUGUCCCUAUUCUUGGAAGUUCAGUUAUUGCGAUUGGUAUCCUAUUUAGCUAUCUGCCAGUACAGAUGUAUCUUGUAGAUACCUAUACUAUCUAUGCCGCGAGCGCUACUGGAGCAUGCACCAUCAUCCGUUCGAUCUGUUCAACUUUGAUCCCGUUGAGUGCUAAUCCUCUAUAUGAUCAUUUGGGGUAUGGAUGGGGUAAUAGUGUUUUGGCAUUGAUUGCGAUAGGAUUUGUGCCAAUUGCUUUGCUAAUAUUAAGAUAUGGGGAGCGAAUUAGAACGAAUCCACGCUUUCAAUCGAAGCUCUGA